UUAUGGGAAAUUAUUGGCGCCAAAUAAAAACAAAAACAAACUUUUCCGCAAGAAAUCUAUAAGGACACAUUAUUUUACCGUUUUAAAGAUGAAAGUCGUAACACCCGAGAUAUCAUGGCAUGGAAAGGAGCCCAUCUAUAGCAUCGACUUCCAGCCAGGGGACAGAACCAUCAAACGUCUUGCCAGCGCCUCUGUCGACAAGCUCAUCAGGAUGUGGCAAGUGAAGGUGGACAAGGAAGGCAAAGUAGAAACCGAGUUUCUCUCCAACCUCCGACGACACACACGCUCAGUCAAUGUCUGCAGAUUUUCUCCUGAUGGGGACACACUGGCCUCGGCUGGAGAUGACAAUGUGAUAUUGUUCUGGCGACUCAGUGAUACGCCCACCCCUGCAAACAACAUCUUCCAGGAAGAGGAUGAAGAUAAUAAAGAGACGUGGGUUGCCACGACAACACUUAGAGGUCAUCUGGAGGAUGUAUAUGACUUAUGUUGGUCAGCUGAUGGCCGCUACCUCAUCUCAGGGUCAGUUGACAACAGUGCUAUACUAUGGGACACCAGUAAAGACUGCAAGCUAGCUUUGUUCAAUGACCACAAAAGUUUUGUACAGGGUGUGGCGCUUGACCCCCUGAAUGAAUUUGUCGCCACACUCAGUAGUGACCGGUCGUGCCGGGUGUACAACAUGACCAGCAAAACCUGUGUCCACAACACCUCCAAGAUGCUCAUCCCAUCCACGACCUCCGACCCCGAAGUGAAACAGAAGCCUUUCAGGAUGUACCACGACGACACCAUGGGGUCCUUCUUCCGCCGCCUGGCAUUCUCUCCAGACGGCCAGUUUCUCAUCACGCCUGCUGGAUGUGUGGAGCAAGGAGACAAAGUCACUAACGCUACGUUCAUCUUCACAAGGAACUGUCUUUCAAAGCCAGCAUUGUACUUACAAAGUCCACAGAAGCCUACAAUUGCUGUCCGACCAUGCCCUCAACUCUUUGAACUGAGGAAAGUUGAUAAUAAAAAUAUAAAGGACCAAGAAAACAACGAUCUUAAAGAAUGGGAGAAAUAUUCCACAUUAUUUUGUUUACCAUACCGAGUUGUGUUCGCUGUUGUGUCUGAAGACGCUGUGCUGUUGUACGACACCCAGCAGACGACCCCCAUCGCCUACAUCGGCAACACGCACUACCUGCAGAUGACGGACAUCACAUGGUCCAGCAAUGGUCGGAUACUGGUGGCAUCCUCUUCGGAUGGCUUCUGCACGCUGGUGACAUUUGACGAGGGGGAGCUUGGGGUCCCCUACGUCCCCGAGGAGAAACAAGCAGAUGUGAAGGACUCAGAAUCUUCAUCUGAUGCUCCAAGCAUCGACCUCAAGUCAGAAUCUCGCUUGCGGACGGAGCCAGUGGCGAAGAUGGCCCAGCGGACCACAAGCCCGAAUAAAUUGAAAUCCCCGCCAGAAGUUGCUGCGAUGGAAGUAGACACUGGAAGCGAGGACCUUAUUCUCAUUCUGGACGACACAACAAAUGAUGCCUCUGGCUUAGACAAGUCUCACAGCAGUGAUACAAGCAGAAGUGGAGACACUCAGACAACAUCUGACAAGAUGGAUACUGGGAACAACAAGAGUAAAGACGAGGUUCCCCCCACAAGUAGCAAUAUAGCCGUGAAACCAAUGAACACUAAGAUGAAAUCCCCUGAAAAUGGGUCUGGACUUGCUGUGAAACCCGUUGCUGGCUCAAGUGGUACAACGGCUGGGAGUAAGCCGAAGCGUAUUCAGUUCCAGACAAUAUCCCUUCUCAAGCCUAAGUGAGAUUAUUUUAUGAAAAUGAGCAACUACUAAAAGAAACAUGAUGUAUCGAAGGAGAGAUUGAUUAGCCAAUCUACAGAGCAUAUUUUCAGCAUGUUUUUUCUGUGUAAGAGAGACGUCACGCUGUUAGAUCAAUCAGUUUAUGUCUGGAACUGAAAAAAACCAAAAGGUUUCUUGUUAAUUGCCAGAUUCCUAGUUUGGCAGACAGACAUAUUUGUAAGAGAUGUGCAACUCAAGUGCUUUAUGAUCUUGGAGGAUUUUAUACACAUUGUCAGUGUGAAAUGGAUUUUUAAGAUAAAAUUCAAUUUUCCCAA